UGAGACCCAUCAUGGGACUGUACAGCUACACAUCAUAACAGCAGUGUUGUGGGGCACAUAAGCUGUCACAAUGGCCGGUGAAACCAUCGCUCCUGACUGGGAGUUUGACCGGUUUGACGAUGGUUCUCAAAAAAUACACACAGAGGUUCAGUUGAAGAACUACACUAAGUUUCUGGCGGAGUACACGUCUCAGUUGAGGGGCAUUGAAGAGGCUCUGGAUGACUCCAUAGGUGAUGUCUGGGACUUUACUCUGGACCCCAUCGCCUUGAAGCUUCUCCCAUAUGAGCAGUCCUCCUUGUUGGAGUUAAUUAAAACAGACAACAAGGUUCUGAACAAAGUGAUCACAGUAUUUGCUGCUUUGUGCAGUGAAGUGAAGAAACUGAAGUAUGAGGCAGAAACUAAAUUCUACAAUGGCUUAUUGUACUAUGGAGAGGGAGUUUCAGAUGCCAGUGUUGUUGAAGGAGAGUCCCAAAUUCAGAUGGGUAGAUUCAUCUCAUUCCUACAGGAACUGUCAUGUUUUGUGUCGAGAUGCUACGAAGUGGUGGUCAACAUUGUUCAUCAGCUGGCUGCCCUCUACAACACCAACAAGGGUGCAACAAAAAUCAUUGAGUCGUCAGGUGUCCAUUUCCAGAUAGUGUAUGAGCAUCUUGGGGAGUUAUUAGUGGUGCUGCUCACUCUUGAUGAGAUCAUGGAAAAUCACAACACACUAAGGGAUCACUGGAAGAUGUAUAAAAGGUUAUUGAAAUCAGUUCACCAUAACCCAGGAAAGUUUUCUAUUCCUGAAGAGAAGCUCAAACCAUUUGAGAAGCUCCUGCUCAAGCUUGAGGGACAGCUGCUGGAUGGGAUGAUACUGCAGGCCUGUGUGGAGCAGAGAUUUGAUGAUCCUGGAGAAGGAGUGGCUGUCGUCAAAAACAGUGCCUUCGCUGAAGAAUUUGCCUUCAACAUACGCACAAUAUUCACCAAUAUUGAGUCAAAGAUUGGUGAACCUUCAGAGAUUGACCAGAGAGAUAAAUAUGCAGGGGUCUGUGGUCUCUUUGUUCUUCAUUUUCACAUCUUCAGGAGUGUCGACAAAAAGCUCUACAAAGCUCUACUAGAUGUUUGUAAAAAGGUGCCAGCUGUCACUCUGGCUGCCAACAUCAUUUGGUUUCCAGACAGUUUCCUCACGGCUAAAGUCCCAGCUGCAGCCAAAUUGAUGGAUAAAAAGAGUCUACAGGCCAUCAAAGCGCAGAGAGACACAUACCUGCAGCAAAGAGCACAAACGCUAACAAAGGAUGUUCAGUCAUACUAUGUGUUUGUAACGUCCUGGAUGAUGAAGAUGGAGUCCAUUUUAUCCAAGGAACAUAAAAGUGACAAGUUGGCAGAAGAUCUUAACAGCAGGUGUAAUGUCUUUGUACAGGGAAUCCUGUAUGCAUACAGCAUCAGCACCAUUAUCAAGACCACCAUGAACAUGUACAUGUCGAUGCAGCGGCCCAUGACCAAAACAUCUGUGAAAGCUCUGUGUCGAUUGGUUGAACUGCUGAAGGCUGUGGAGCACACGUUUCACAGGCGUUCCAUUGUUGUAGCAGACUCUGUUUCUCACAUCACGCAGCAGCUGCAGUCACAGGCGCUCAAUGCUAUCGGCACUGCCAAGAAAAGAGUGAUCUCUGACAAAAAGUACAGUGAGCAGCGGCUUGAUGUGCUGUCAUCUUUGGUGCUGGCAGAAAAUGCUCUCAGUGGACCCAGCACAAAGGAGCGACGUCUUGUGGUGGCUUUGGCAUUGUGUGUCGGCACUCAGCUGAAAACCUUCAAAGAUGAGGAGCUUCUUCCACUGCAGCUUGUGCUGAAGAAACUGGACUUAAUUAGUGAGCUGAGUGAGAGGGUCAAGCUGCAGUGUGACUGUAGUUUUCUUUACUGGCACCGAGCUGUGUUUCCCAUCUACCUAGAUGAUGUGUAUGACAACGCUGUGGAUGCAGCAAGAAUACACUACAUGUUUAGUGCGCUGAGAGACAGUGUACCAUCCAUGUUGCAUGCCAAACACAUGGAGUCAUGUGACCAGUUACUGGAGAGCUACGACAGAGAGAUCAUGGAUGUAUUCAAUGAGCAUCUGCUGGAUAAACUGUGUAAGGAGAUUGAAAAGGACUUGCGUCUCUCUGUUCACACCCACCUGAAGUUGGACGACAGGAACCCCUUCAAAGUUGGCAUGAAGGACCUGGCACACUUCUUCUCCAUCAAACCCAUCAGAUUCUUUAACCGAUUCAUUCACAUCAAAGCUUAUGUGACCCACUACCUGGAUAAAACAUUCUACAACCUGACCACAGUUGCUCUACAUGACUGGGCCACUUACAGUGAGAUGAGAAACCUGGCUACCCAGCGGUAUGGACUGACAAUGACAGAGGCACAUCUGCCAAGUCAGACCCUGGAGCAGGGUUUGGACGUUUUGGAGAUCAUGAGGAACAUCCACGUUUUUGUCUCUCGGUACCUUUACAACCUCAACAACCAGAUCUUCAUAGAGAAGGCAAGUAACAACAAGCACUUGAACACCAUCAACAUCCGUCACAUCGCCAACUCCAUCAGGACCCACGGCACAGGCAUUAUGAACACCACAGUGAAUUUCACUUACCAGUUCCUGCGCAAGAAGUUUUACAUCUUCAGUCAGUUUAUGUACGAUGAGCACAUCAAGUCCAGACUCAUCAAAGACAUUCGCUUCUUUAGAGAAACAAAAGACCAGUCUGAUCAGAAGUAUCCAUUUGAGCGAGCAGAAAAGUUUAACCGUGGUAUCCGGAAACUUGGCAUCACUCCUGAUGGGCAGAGUUACUUGGACCAGUUCAGACAGCUCAUCAGCCAGAUUGGUAAUGCCAUGGGCUAUGUGCGAAUGAUCCGCUCUGGAGGACUCCACUGUUGUAGCAGCGCCAUCAGGUUUGUCCCAGACCUGGAGGACAUCGUAAAUUUUGAGGAGCUUGUGAAAGAGGAGGGACUGUCAGGGGAGACGCAGAGAGCUGCCAGUGUCCUAGAUUCAGUGUUGGGAGAUCUGACCAGCAACUCUGCAGAGGGGACGGAGUACUUCAAGAUGCUGGUGGCAGUGUUUGCGCCUGAGUUUCGCAGUGCAAAGAACAUGCACCUGAGAAACUUCUACAUGAUUGUACCCCCACUGACUGUGAAUUUUGUGGAGCAUUCAAUCAGCUGCAAAGAGAAACUGAACAAGAAGAACAAAAGUGGAGCUGCUUUCACAGAUGACGGCUUCGCUAUGGGUGUGGCAUACAUCCUGAAGCUGCUGGACCAGUACCUAGAGUUUGACUCCCUGCACUGGUUCCAGGCUGUCAGAGAUAAAUAUAAAAAGGAGAUGAACGCUGUGGUGAAGGAGCAGAACGUCCAGUCUGCCAGUCAGGAUGAAAAGUUGUUGCAAACAAUGAACCUCACCCAGAAGAGGCUGGACGUCUACCUUCAGGAGUUCGAGCUGCUCUACUUCUCCUUAAGCAGUGCCAGGAUCUUCUUCAGGGCAGAUAAAACUGCAGCUGAAGAGACUCAAGAGAAGAAAGAUAAAGAAGAAGCUGCCAAAGCAGGAGGCAGUUCAGAAGGCUCCAACCCUGCUGCACCUUCAUCAAAGUGACCCUCAUCGUGAGAUCAGUAGACACGUUGUGGAUCAUAACUUUGGUGUAGAGCAGUGGACCGUCGUCCCAUGGCCAGAAAUGUGGGGAGAUGAUAUUGAGAAUCAGAAUGCACUAGUUUUGUACGGUUUGAGUUCAAAAGCAGAACAGAUGGAAGGAUUCUGAAGUGACUGUCAUUAGAAAAGAAUGUAUAUUAACUUUUGUUAAUAUGUGAGAGAAAUGUCUAUGUUGCAUCUACUGACUUCAAAGUGUCAGUCAACUAGUAAAAUCAUAUUGAAUUUUGUAGCAUUUAAAAAAGCUUCUGUAACCUUAAAGGAGUCGGUAUGAAGAGUUGGGUCAAAGUGAAUCCUUUCCUUUGCUGUGGAGCCUUUUGAUACUUUAAUGCUCAGUCUGAACAGACUGGAUUAUUUUUCUACACUAGAAGCUUCAGCUAUAUGUAUGUCCUCUGCUAAUCAGAGACACGUUCAGUAAUUAAUUUGCAUUUUAGAGUUCGUACUAAUUGUAUUAACAUUAUGUUGCUUGUUGCCUUCAACUGCAGCUCUGGUCUUAAUUGGAGGGCUCCUGGGAAUGUCUUCAUUGUACAGUCCUCAUACAUGUGUGCCAUAUUUGCUAAUUAUUGUUUUGUCUGUUUGUACAUUAUAUGAUUUAGAGUUUAUGUGCCUUUCUUAACUCAUUUCAGUGACAAAUUAAUUCAGAAAAAAAUGUUCCAGAGGCAAAAGAUUCUUCAUCUUAUGAGUAUUGUGUAGUACUCCAACUUUUUAUCCAUCAGCAUGUGGUACAUGUGAAACUAAGGCCACAGUUUGGUCACAAUGACAUUCCAUCAAUGAAAGACAAAGUUCUGUGAGGUCUUUGAAUAAUAAACUGCACUUUGAACAGUUUGUUUUCUUAA